UCCAACGAUGAUUGUACGGUAUCGACACCUGCUAGCGACUACCUUGGCCUCGAUACCCUGAGCCUGCUGUCCAUGCCGCUUGCUUGCACAGCAACCCCACCGACACUAUGCCUGGUCUCCCAUCUACCGUAGACCUCGACGAGUGCAUAUCGCGGCUGUCGAAGAAGGAGCUGCUUGCCGAGUCGGUCAUCGAGGCAAUAUGCGCCAAGACGAAAGAGCUUCUUAUGAAGGAGAGCAACGUAGUGCACAUCAGAGCGCCCGUGACCGUCGUCGGCGACAUCCACGGCCAGUUCUUCGACAUGAUGGAGAUUUUUAAGAUUGGAGGGCCAUGUCCAGACACAAACUACCUCUUCCUUGGUGACUACGUCGACCGCGGCCUGUUCUCAGUCGAGACCAUAUCGCUGCUGGUGUGCCUGAAGCUCCGCUACCCACACCGAGUCCAUCUCAUUCGCGGCAACCACGAGUCGCGCGGUGUUACCCAAUCCUACGGUUUCUACACUGAGUGUUCCCGAAAAUAUGGCAACGCAAACGUGUGGCAUUAUUUCACCGACAUGUUCGAUUUCCUGACGCUAUCUGUGGUCAUCAACGACCAAAUCUUCUGCGUCCACGGCGGUCUAUCGCCCUCGAUACAUUCCAUCGAUCAGAUCAAGAUCAUCGAUCGCUUCCGAGAGAUCCCACACGAAGGGCCCAUGGCAGAUUUGGUUUGGAGCGAUCCUGACCCAGAACGAGACGAGUUCUCGCUCAGCCCUCGCGGAGCAGGAUAUACAUUCGGCGCGCAAGUCGUGAAGAAAUUCCUAGAGGUCAACGCCAUGUCGCACAUUCUGCGAGCACAUCAGCUGUGCCAAGAGGGCUUUCAAGUUCUCUUUGAUGAUCGACUAAGCACUGUAUGGAGUGCUCCCAACUACUGCUAUCGGUGCGGGAACAUGGCCAGCGUGCUAGAGGUUAGCGAUACCGGCGAACGCUUCUUCAAUGUUUUCGAUGCUAGCCCGGACAAUGAUCUACACAGAGCUGAGCAGCAGCAGCAGCAAGGCAAAGAAGUGACAACUGAGUACUUCCUAUGAUACCCGCAGUACCUACCCACGCUUUAUGGCUUCGGCAUGGGCUUGCAUGUUCCUCUGUGUAGAUUGUUUAACAUAAGACAUCCCGGGUCCUCUGAAGAAAUGAGGUGGCAGAUAUCAGAUGGGAACCAUCUCCAGCAUCUUAAUUGGCAACCACUUCAUGGCGGGACUCUAUUCAAACCUGAU